AUGACGGAGUACAAGAAGCUCUGCGCGUUGGUGGCGCAACUCCGGGAGGAGAGCACAAGAAUGGCACAAGCUUGUGAAGGUGGUGAGGAGAAUGACGCUCUCGCGCUGCAUUUGUUGUCGGAGUCGAUUCAAACGUUAAUAUCAAAUGCUCGCCCCCGUCUGCUAAAAAUACUGCGUAAGGCACAGGAGACAAAUCCCGAUCGCCAGAUCUACAACGAGACGAUGUGCGGGGCGAUCAAGGGGUUGUUUGAAGACUUCUGCGAGGGCGUUAGUGCACUCUUUGGGCAACCGAUGCGAGAUGCGUUAAUCUCUGAAGAUAAUAUAAAUUAUGAAGAGUGCCCGUCGCUCUCGUGGGCGGCGAAUAUGUAUGACCAGUAUAUGCUGAACCUAGCGCGCACCGAGGCGUGGAAAAAACGCCUUGCUACUAGCAUCGCGGAUCUGGUGCUGUUUGAAGAGGAGACCCGUGCUGUGUAUUCGGCUGAGGAAAAGCAAGCGCGUGGCACGCUGCUACAAGCAAAGAAAGCUGAGAAGGCGGACGCCAUUCGGCUGCUGGAAGAGAGGGAGACUGCGAAAUGGGAAGUGGAACUGCGGCGUCGCGGGGAUGAGCACAAGCGGUUGCUCGGGGCGGCCAAUCUGAGCGGUGGCCAAAGUGCAGAAAAGGCACUCCUGGAUGUCCCUGUAUCAUUUCGGAAGUUAUUCGCAGCAAAUAUGCUGCAGCUCGCGCGGGCCCUUCGCACGUCGCCGGAGGACCCGAAUAUUCGUCACAUUCGGUGCAACAACGUGCGGGUAAUGACAGAGUACGGGCACAUCAGCUUGUGCAGCGAGUGCUUGACUUGCAAGGCCUUCCAAUCUUGUGCAGAGGUGCUGUGGUACAUGAUGGGGUACCGAGUUGAGUAUUCGUCGUCACCUGCGCUUUCCCUCCGCGCAGUGAUUGAGAGGAGCCAACCAAUCACAUUGCCAUGUGGCAACAAUGCAUCGGAGCACGCAAUAACGCUUAUCGGCUUUGAGGAUUACUCGGAGCGCUUGUUUUCUCUCCACGAGCCCGACCCCACGCAGGAACCCAAUGAGUGGAUGACGUGGUACACAACGGUGGAGGCGUUGGCUCACUGCCUCGAGAUGUACACGGGGUAA